AUGCUAGAUUUAAUCCUAAUUUACUUAAUUUAUAUCUGUCACAGAGUUCAAAUGAAAAUGAUAAAGAGGAAGUGCAGGCUACAAAGCCCAGGUCAGGCGUUCGAGGAUUUGCCAGAAGAAAGAAAAAUACCAACACGAUUAAAGAGCAACCAGUUAACACAGGAUUUUAUUCUGGAUGUGUUACUAAAUGUUUUGACCAGAUUAAGGCACACACACUUGAUAAUGCAAUGAAGUCUGCACUUCAAGAUGAGGAAGAUGUAGAAGAUGACUUGUUACUGCGUUGUACAACAAAGAAAGAUCUACCUUCGAUACCUACGUCAGAUAUGCUAAAUCUUAUCUCAGAUGAUGAAGAGACAAAUGAAAAUUGCUCAAAUUACGGGAAUGAAUGUGAGGAAAACGUAAAUGCUAACGCUCUCAAAUCACCAUCCCCGCCACCACCACCACCACCUGAAGCUCAUGGUAAGAAGAGGAGAUCUAGAGCAACGAAACAAAAGAAGAAUCUGUUAAAUGCUGUGGACAAUUACACAAAAAGUUUAUCUGCUGCCCAGCAAGAACUGAAAGCCUCUCAACACAUACAAAACCAGGAACCAGAUUUUUGUAUCAUAGACGGGGAUGAUAUGGUAACCGUGCGGGUAGACCAUCUUGGCUCUUUGUUGAGAUACACUAUUUCAAAAGAUGAUCCAUUCUCCAUCAUAAUGGCGCAGAUAUCUGAGAAGGAGAAAGUAGAAGAGAAAUGUGUAAUGUUGGUACAUAAAGAUCGGACAUUGAGGUCUACAGACACACCUGUAUCAGCUGACCUACAAAUUGCUGAUAUUAUAGAAUGUCAUAUAACAUCCAGCUUGGAAGAUUCGUUAAAUGAUAGUUAUGACCAGGAUAAUCCUAACAUCAUCGAGCUAGUGAUUCAAGGCCAGAACUCAAAACAGCGUGAACUAGUCAAAGCACAUAUAAAAAAACCAAUAUCAGAUAUUAUUAGCGAGUACGCAAAAAGGAUGAAAAAGGAUCAGAAGUUUUUACAGUUUGUUUUUGAUGGAGAACAGUUAGAUCCAGGUCAGACACCAGAAAUGUUUGACAUGGAAGACAAUGAUGUCAUAGACGUUAAAGAAGUGUCGGAACCCUUGUCUGCUGAAGUUGCUCGUGCCAAAAAGGCAAAACUUGCCAAGUUACAUGAAAUCAUUGAAAUAAGUUGAUUUGUACGACAUGCUGAUAUUUGUGAGAGAGUAUAUAUAUUUAUAUAUAUAUUUUAGUUUUUUGUCUUGAAAAUUGAAUGAUUAAUGAUUGUUACUUUUUUAAACAAAUUUUCUAAUUGGAACAAUUAGUGGCAAACAAUAUGUUAUCAAGCCAAGAGUAAAAUCAAUAUCUUCCUCUAGCCAAACUUACAUGUUUACACAAGAUAUUAUAUUAAUACUUACCGUCUGAUAAAAAAGUAGUGUCAUUUCAUUCAUUCUACUCUUCUUGCUAAGCAAGUUUCUACAAAUUUUAUCUACUUGGAGAAACUAUUCAACUAGUUUAUAGAUGUCUAAUAAAUUAUAUAAACAAAUGUUUGAGAAAAGUAUCAUUCUUAUAAUUAUUAAAUGAGCCGUGUCACAACAAAACCAACAUAAUGGGUUU